CUUCGUCGCGGCUUCUGUGCUCCCGCUCACCAUGUACCGCUCACUCCGGCCCCUUCAGCGCCUGGGCAGCACGCGGGGGCUCCUCGCGCUCCAGCCGCCGCGCGCCGCUCUCCUGUGCCAGCCUCAGCAGCUGCCGCCGCGCGCCGCCGGGAUGGCUAGUCAAGACUCUUUUAGAAUAGAAUAUGAUACCUUUGGCGAAUUAAAGGUCCCAAAUGACAAGUAUUACGGUGCCCAGACUGUGAGAUCUACAAUGAACUUUAAGAUAGGUGGUGUUAGCGAGAGGAUGCCAGUUCAAGUUAUAAGAGCUUUUGGCAUCUUGAAACGAGCAGCUGCUGAAGUAAAUCAGGAUUAUGGUCUUGAUCCGAAGAUUGCUAAUGCCAUUAUAAAGGCAGCAGAUGAGGUAUCUGAAGGUAAAUUAAAUGAUCACUUUCCUUUGGUGGUGUGGCAAACUGGAUCUGGAACACAGACCAACAUGAAUGUAAACGAAGUCAUAAGCAAUAGAGCCAUUGAAAUAAUGGGAGGUAAACUUGGAAGCAAGGAUCCAGUGCAUCCUAAUGAUCAUGUUAAUAAAAGCCAGAGCUCAAAUGAUACGUUCCCAACAGCAAUGCAUAUUGCUGCUGCACAAGAAGUUAAUGAAGUGUUGUUACCUGGACUACAGAAGCUACAAGAUGCACUUGAAGCAAAAUCCAAAGAAUUUUCCCAAAUCAUAAAAAUAGGGCGCACUCAUACACAGGAUGCUGUUCCACUUACUCUUGGGCAGGAAUUCAGUGCUUAUGUGCAACAAAUUAAAUAUGGUGUGGCUAGGAUUAAAUCAGCCAUGCCAAGAGUCUAUGAGCUGGCAGCUGGUGGCACUGCAGUUGGUACAGGAUUAAAUACCAGGAUUGGUUUUGCUGAGAAGGUUGCUGCUAAAGUGUCCUCACUGACAGGCUUGCCUUUCAUCACUGCUCCAAAUAAAUUUGAAGCUCUUGCUGCUCACGAUGCUCUAGUUGAACUCAGUGGGGCAAUGAACACUGUGGCUUGCAGUCUGAUGAAGAUAGCUAAUGAUAUUCGUUUCUUGGGUUCUGGACCACGGUCUGGUCUAGGGGAACUCAUCCUGCCUGAAAAUGAACCUGGAAGCAGCAUCAUGCCAGGAAAAGUAAACCCUACCCAGUGUGAGGCUGUAACCAUGGUGGCAGCUCAAGUGAUGGGAAAUCAUGUUGCUGUUACAGUGGGAGGCAGCAAUGGACAUUUUGAAUUGAAUGUUUUCAAGCCCAUGAUUAUUAAAAAUGUAUUAAACUCUGCAAGGCUCCUUGGAGAUGUCUCUGUUUCCUUCACUGACAACUGUGUGGUCGGAAUCCAAGCCAACACGGAGAGGAUCAACAAACUAAUGAACGAAUCUUUGAUGUUGGUGACAGCGCUUAAUCCCCACAUAGGAUAUGACAAGGCUGCCAAGAUUGCCAAAACAGCACACAAAGAAGGGACAACACUAAAAGAAGCAGCUAUUAAGCUUGGAUUCCUUACAUCAGAACAAUUUGAUCAGUGGGUGAAGCCUAAAGAUAUGCUAGGUCCCCAGUAAUUUUAACAAGUGUACUUAACAGGAAAAAAAUUAAAUUGUAUAAAACAAAAUAUUUUGCAGCUCACUUUGUUUUUCAUGGCCACUUAUAUCAUGACUGAAGUGCUUUUCCAUAUGGGUCAUAAGGUUAUAUUAGGAAAUUGUUCUAAUAUAAUAUUUGCAAAUAUAAUAAAUAUUCCAAAAAGAUUGAUUCAUCCAACUGCAUCUCAUUGCCAGAGAUACCUCAUUAUUUAUGUAGUUUAGAUGCAUGUCCUCAAAAAUAAUUGUAUACUUGAAAGGAUGGUGCUACCAGAGCAAUAUCUAUACAAUUGACUCCAUGUAAAAAAAGACAAUGUGUCUUUUAUUAUUGAAACAAAACAUAAAGAAAUACUGUAAAUUACUUCCUUUAUAGAUCAUUUGAUUAGCUAAUUUAAAGUAUAGGAGCCUUCCAGUACUGGAUUGCCUGCUUUAAACCAAAAGGUAAGUUUUGUUCAAGAAUAAAGAUGAAUAACUAAUUU